UGGAAGCUACCGGAUUCCUUCCUAGAGUUCUGCAGACCGACAGAGACGACCACCAUGCUGAGACAAGCCGUCACCCUGAUGUUCCUGGCAGUCAUUGCCAGCGCGUCGUACCCGAAGAAAACGGUGGUGUUCCAAGACCCUAUGGACUACCAGGCGGAGUCCAAGUGCUGCAUGGGCGCCUUUGACACUCCGCACCGCUACGAUGGCGAAUACCAGGUUACCGCCCUGUACCUCACCAGCCACGUGCGUAACUACGUGACGCUGGAGAUAGGCCCAGAGGUGCAGGACAUCAGGAUCAAGAUGAGCGAGUGGCUCCUGGGUGGCGACGGUUGGACCGUCGUCGGCACUGGCAACUACUCUCAACUCGCCGACCCCGUCCAGCUGCUGAGGGUCCCCAUCAGCUACAAGACGACACCAAACGCUACCUACUUGUUCGAGAUCAUAUACUACGGGAGUUACACUUACCCUGUGUACUGGUACAUGGAUGUGUCUGCGGGCCCUUACAAUACAACAUACAACUCCAAUCCUUUUAUAAUCGGUAUUGAGUACGAGUAUUUGUAAGAAUAACUAUGUGCAUCUAUCUGUUGCAGUUUUCUAUGCGGUACACCUAAUA